AUGGCAUCGGCUAAUUACUCAAAAGCGUCAUCCACUGGUCACGUGACAGUAAAUCACAGAGUGUCCGAUAUUAAAAAUGAGCCAAUAAUCAUGCUCUCACCCAUUGAAGGCUAUGAAGAUAAUCCAAUUUUGCCACUUGAGAUAAGUGUAGAAUCACUGGAAGCCAUUGUCACUAAUAUUGCGCGCAAUGCAUGGAUUGCUAAAGAGAGAACUUCAGAAAAAACAUCGGAUGAUCUCACUCAAGAAGAAUCAGCAGCGAUUCAUCUUUAUACAAUGGAAUGGAAACCAGCUAAUAAUUCACUUUAUGCACUGCUUAAUGCGGCUCUUCGCUCUGAAGAUCGUGAUUGUCUUGUGCCUUAUUUUUAUUAUCUUAAAUUACUUCUAUCGGCUCUGUGGAAACUUCCAUCUGUGAGAAAAACUGUAUGGCGUGGAGUGAAAGCUGACCUUAGCGAACAGUAUUCUGUCGGAAAGAUAUUCGUCUGGUGGGGAUUCAGGUAG